AAGAGAGAUAGUGAUUCAGAUCCAUCUCACACCGCAAACCUCCAAACCUCCUCACUCACAGGCUGAGCUCAAGAGGCAAAAAAAAACCAACCAAGAGAGGACAAGUAUCUGCAGGAGACAAGCAGCUGUGAAAGGAAUACAAGGUGAAACAAAAAAGAAGAGGGAGGUGUUCACGUGGAAGACAGAGGUAGAAAGCCAGCCGAUAGUGUAGGAGAGCACAAAAGUCCAGGGCGUGUUUAGGGGUUAAAAAGGCUUCCCAUGUCUCUGCUUUGGGCCCUGUGUGCCCUCUCUUUGCUCUCCCUGGGUUUGGGGGUGCUGCCGCCUGAUGUCCCCGCUUGCACUCGCCCGCCCUGCAGGGACAGCCUGGUGGCUGCCCCCUCCGUGAGGACAGGGGGGUGCGAGGAGCGCUCGGGCGCUGGGGGGUGCAGGGCAUCCAUCUCUGGGCCCACCGCCUCUGACCCUCCGGCGAGGGCAGAAGAGAGACGGGCGGUGAGACAGAGCCAAUCAGAGGUGGGCGAUGUGUCCCAGCGGCUAGCUCAGCUUCAGCGCUGCAUGGGGGCCAUCCAGGAACCAGGGGGACACCGGGGCCAGGCGGGGGGCUCACUGGGGGCCACUUUAGCCCUGAUGGCAGCUGUCCUGACAGAGUGUGACCUGCACUGCCACAGUCAGGCACUGAGGUCAAUGGCCAAACGACUCGAAGCAGCUGCAGUUGGACGUGACGGAGAGAAAGAUCUCCUUAUUCUCCUGAGAAGCAUCACACUGAACCCCCCCACAGCGGCUCCAUUAACAAGGCUGCAUCCUCGGGACUGUGCCGAGAUUCAGAAAAUGGGGAUUAAGGAAAACGGAAUCUACACCAUCCAGCCUGACCCUCACCGCCCGGCAGUGGAGGCAGUCUGUGACAUGCAAACGGCGGGCGGAGGCUGGACGGUGUUUCAGAGGCGCCGUGAUGGAUCGGUGGACUUUAACCGUACCUGGCAGGAAUACCGUGACGGCUUUGGCGUCCCGCAGGGUGAACACUGGCUGGGCAAUGCGGCACUGCAUGGGUUGACGGCAACGGGGCAGCACCAGCUACGCGUGCAGCUGGAGGACUGGCACCAUCAGAGACGACAGGCCACUUACUCCACAUUCAGGGUGGCAUCAGAGGCGCACAGGUAUCGUCUGACAGCGCGAGAGUUCUCCGGAGAUGCUGGGAAUGCUCUCAGCUACAGCAAACGCUACAACCAUGACGGUCGUGCGUUCAGCACUGCCGACCGAGAUCACGACCGCUACGCGUCUGGAAACUGCGCCCAGUACUACGGAGCUGGCUGGUGGUUCGAUUCCUGUCUGGCAGCCAACCUUAACGGCAGGUACUACCGGGGGCGAUACAGUGGACUCACCAACGGCAUAUAUUGGGGCACGUGGUACAUCCUGACAGACGCUCGAAGCGGGGAGAGGUACUCCUUCAAGACGGUGGAAAUGAAGACUCGACCACGAGACUUCUGAUUGCUCAACUACUGGCUGUGGCUGUUUACCAGAAUACAGCACUCUUGCUGCGUUACACAAAAACUCAGAAAACUGGAGAAAAACUGUAGUUUAUGCAAUGAUAUACAUGCGCAUGUGCUUGUUAUUUUGUCUGUGUGUGUAUGUGUGGGCACAUUUCUGUGUGUGGACAGGGCAGGUAUGGGCAUUUGUGACUUGGGCUAAAUAGAGUGAACUCCAUAACGUUUGGGAGAAAGGCAUAAAUUCUUCUCGA